AUGAGAACUUUAGAGGAUAUCACUAUUGGAGGGUCAACGUACACGAUGGCUGACAAGGACGCAUUGAGACUAGGAGAGACUGCUCAAUCGAUAGUGAACAAGAUCUUUUCAAGAUUUAUGUUGCUGGACGCCUUGUUUAGGGGUAUGGUAUUUGGGGUCGGAGUCCUUGUUGUCGUGUUCCUCACCGCUGUGCUGCUGAUCAAGAUUAUGUUGGCAAGCCAAGAGAACGGGAAGGCCAAGGCAAAGUCAGGGAACCGGAAUACGAGUCCCUCAUCUGUGGACAAUGCGAAAUCUGGCGACCAGAAGUCCCGUAAUGCAAAGUCUAGCGCCUUGAACGACGAAGACCACGCGCACCUUCUGUCAAGAAAGGUUAUUCCUAUCAACUCCACAGACGACUUUACAGAGGAACUUGAGAUAUCAGUGAUGGAGGAAGAUGACUAG